AGGAGCAUUUCAAUUGAAAGAUAUAACUGUCAUUCUUUUACUGUUUCUUUAGGUAGUACAGAAUACAGAGCCGGCGGUUCAUGUGAGAGGCCAGGAGUCCCUUACUGCCUCAAUGCUGGCGGCUGCACCAUUAAAAGAGCAGAAACAACUUCUAGGUGAGCGGCUGUAUCCACUUAUCCAGGCCUUGUAUCCGACUCUUGCGGGAAAGAUUACAGGCAUGCUGCUGGAGAUCGACAACUCUGAACUGCUGCACAUGCUCGAGGCUCCAGAGUCCCUGCACUCCAAGGUUGAAGAGGCUGUAGCUGUUCUUCAGGCUCAUCAAGCCAAGGAACUGUCUGCAAAGUAAAGGAGCACUGUAAUUCAGGCAUGCACACUGAAUGUCUGUGAGAGUUGUUCCAGAGAACAGGGAAAAAGAAAACCGCACCUCAUGUGCUAUUAAAUGCAUGGUUCACACCCUACAAAUGUCCUUUUGCUCUCCACAGUGUUAAGUUUUUGAUUUUGAUUAUAAAAAGAAAAAAUAAAA